GGUAUUAUUGUGAUUUUCUAGAACAUGGAAGCAUAUUACUGUCAUUUAUGAAUAAAAAGAAUUUCGUAACCGUAAUCCCCCCCUUCAUUUUUUUCUCUCCAACUACUCCUUCGCCGUUUUCUCGACGCUUCGACAAUGGACGCCAUAGAUUCAGUCAUCGAUCCUUUGAGGGGGUUCGCUAAGGACAGUGCUCGCCUUGUAAAGAGGUGCCACAAACCUGAUCGCAAAGAAUUUACAAAAGUUGUUUCUCGUACUGCCAUUGGAUUCGUUGUAAUGGGAUUCGUCGGCUUCUUCGUUAAACUAAUCUUCAUUCCUAUUAAUAACAUCAUCGUCGGCGCUUCUUAGGGCAGCAUGGAAUGGAGAUUGAAGCAUUUAAAGGUGAGAAUAACAUGAAUACUAAUGUGCUUAAUCUCUAUGCACAGAUGUAUCGUAUGUUUUUCUUUGCUACUUAGCAUUACUACUGAUAAGUGAGGAUAGAGUGAGAGUUGUGGAAGGUGUCCAAAGUGUAUCGUAUGUUUUUCUUUUCAUUGUUACUUUGCAUUACUCGUGACAUCAUUUUAUUAAAAUGAGACUGAGAGAAAAAAAAAAGCCAAUGAAAACGUUGG